UAAUCAAGAUGAUUACCAACUGGUUCGAAAACUUGGUCGGGGCAAGUAUAGUGAAGUAUUUGAGGCCAUUAACAUCACCAACAAUGAGAGGGUGGUUGUAAAAAUUCUCAAGCCAGUGAAGAAAAAGAAGAUAAAACGAGAGGUUAAGAUUCUGGAGAACCUUCGUGGUGGAACAAAUAUCAUUAAGCUGAUCGACACUGUAAAGGACCCUGUGUCAAAGACACCAGCUUUGGUAUUUGAAUACAUCAAUAAUACAGAUUUUAAGCAACUCUACCAGAUCCUGACAGACUUUGAUAUCCGGUUUUAUAUGUAUGAACUACUUAAAGCUCUGGAUUACUGCCACAGCAAGGGAAUCAUGCACAGGGAUGUGAAACCUCACAAUGUCAUGAUAGAUCACCAACAAAAAAAGCUACGACUGAUUGAUUGGGGUCUGGCAGAGUUCUAUCAUCCUGCUCAGGAGUACAAUGUUCGAGUGGCCUCGAGAUACUUUAAGGGACCAGAGCUCCUUGUGGACUAUCAGAUGUAUGAUUACAGCUUGGACAUGUGGAGCUUGGGCUGUAUGUUAGCAAGCAUGAUCUUUCGAAAGGAGCCCUUCUUCCAUGGACAGGACAACUAUGACCAGCUUGUUCGCAUUGCCAAGGUUCUGGGGACAGAUGAGCUCUACGGGUAUCUGAAGAAGUACCACAUAGACCUAGAUCCUCAUUUCAAUGACAUCCUGGGACAACAUUCACGGAAACGCUGGGAAAAUUUUAUACAUAGUGAGAACAGACACCUUGUCAGCCCUGAGGCCCUAGAUCUUCUUGACAAGCUCCUGCGGUACGACCAUCAACAGAGACUGACCGCCAAAGAGGCCAUGGAGCACCCAUACUUCUACCCAGUGGUGAAGGAGCAGUCCCAGCCUUGCGCAGAGAAUGCCGUGCUUUCUAGUGGUCUCAGCGCAGCACGAUGAAGCCUGGGAAGCGACGGUCUGUUGCGGUUCCUCCCACUUUUCCAUAAGCAGAACAAGAACCAAACCAAACGUCUUAACGUGUGUAGCGAGAUCACGUUCCAAGAGCAGACACAAAACGGUGGCAGGCUUGGCGAACUCCAACUAGACCACCUGAAGGGCAGCCCACCACCGUAAAUCAGACCUCACUUCCGAAUGUAAAAGGUUCACAUGCCUUUGGCUUCCUGUUGACUUCUCCCGACCCAGAAAGCAUGGGAAAUGUGAAGGGUAUGCAAAAUGGUCGUUGGUUACUGUUGCUUCCCGUGCCCCUUGACUCAUCCUGUGGUGGCCUGAUGUUCCAGGUAACCCUGGGGACUAGCUGACCACAGACUCCAGUUGGGACGGGCAGUGUAUGGCAUGAUGGGCAGUUACAUAUUAUUAUUUUAAAAGUAUAUAUUAUUGAAUAAAAAGUUUUAAAAGAAA